AUGCGAUUCUCAGGCUUGGGUUUUGCGGACCCUGUCUGGCCCCAGGGCAGACCCAGCCUUGUGGAAACCCCCGACACCCCGGACCCCCAUGAUGGAGACUUCAGUUGGGAACAGCUAUGGGAACUGGAAAGACAGUUCAAGUUGGAGCCAUACCCAGACCUCGAGGCUCGAAGGGUCCUGGCCACCAGACUCAACCUGAAGGAGAAACAAGUUGAGACUUGGUUCAUCCAGCGUUCCUUGGAGCAGGAGAUGCGCCCUCGCAUUGCUGGGCUGCAGCAGUCUGUCCGUCCUAACACCUCUUCCUGUGAGUCCCACAAAGACCACUGCUGCCGGCCACCGAGCUGGCGGUUCAGGCUCAUUCCCAUCAAUUCCUCGGAGUCUUCAACCAGCUGUGAGCACAGUUGCUGA